GCUUAGUAUAAUCUCAUUCAUUUGACAGUGAUAAAGGUUUAAUUGACUACUCUGUGUGACAAUAAUGAUGAGUUUUACCGUGGAAGUUGCUUAGUGGUAUCUAUCUGUGUCUUCUUUUUUAUUAUUUCAUUAAUUGUAUGGUACUACAGAACGUCUUCCCGUAUGAAGAUAAGGAUGCGCCAAGUAGUUCAACUCUCGCAACGUGAAACUGUCGUGAAAAGUGUGUGAUUCACAAAUGCAAAUUGCAACCACCAGCAAUCGCAAUGCAUGGAAUAAAGAGGGUGUGCAUCUUUUGCAUGCUCACCACACUCCUACCAUCCAUCCUCAUUGUCCUGCCACUGUACUUGAGACACAGCAAGUAUGCUGAUGUUGUCUACUCACUAGCUGAGUCAGACAUUGUGGAGAUCAAGGAAGGUAUUUCAUCGAUCUUCUGCGAACAGCACGUCCUUCGUAUGAAUGCAUCCUUCCAUGCCGUCCAGCUGUCGCAUAGUCCGGAAAUCUCCAAGAAACGACGCAAGCACAUUCGCCUCAAGAAGUCCAUGACACUCCCGGACGAUACAUUGGAAUAUUGGGGCUUUUUUCUCCUCAAAGGGGCCACUGUGGCACUCAAAGUGUGCUCCCGCUUCGAUGGAUCUCGCAUUUUGGUUGUGAAGGGCGAGAGGAAUCUUAAGACGUGUGGCCUUCAGGACCACAAUAAGAACAAACCGAAUUUGGCAAACAAUUUGGGUACAGUGAGCGUUACAUUUGAGACGGUAGCUGAGGAAGUUCACGAUGACCAACCUAAAUCCGCAAGUUCCGAUGAGGAAGCAAAAAUUGAAGAAAUGGCAAGAUUAAAGGCAGCUGCAGAGCAAUUCAUAAAGAAUCAUGCCAAAUCUUCCCUCGCUGAGACAAUCCUAACACUCAAAUCAAACCAUACUGCGCGAAAGCGACGAGAUCUUGUUCUAGAUCGUAAAAUAAAUCACGGUGGAACAGCUCUCAACUACACGGAUGAGCCAUCGGACUCAGUGUCGAGCUUCGAAAAUAGCCUCCUUACCUGCUACGACGGGCAGAUUCUGCUUGCACAGAGUUUUCCGCCAAGUUCGCAGUGCCAUAAUGUGAAAUUCCUGGAGAAUGGGACGCACAUGAUAAUGCGACAUGAUGCCACGGCUGAUGGGUACUACUACUACAUUUUCUACAGCGACAACGAUCUCGUGUCCAAUGAUAUCAAUGCAAUUUUCGAUAUUCACAAACCCACAUUCCAGUAUUCACGCAGGGAGGGUUCCCGUGAUUGCGUGAACAGCACCACGUGCGUAUUUCCCAUUCGCUUUUUCUCAGACGAAACGGUCAUCGUGGAGGUGCCAACGAGGGAUGGGAUUGAGCAUGAAGACGAUGACUACACCACUUUGGUCUCAACCUGCAAACCCCGAAUGGCGGUUUAUGUGAUCUUCCCCAUUGCAAUUCUUUUCCUUCUCGUUACGUGCUCAUUUAUGUAGCCAACUGCUUCCUGUUUCCAUAUAUAUUGUUAUAUUUUUUCCCAUUUUAUUGUGAACAAUGCUUACAAAUUUAUCUGUUAUAUAAACGUUUUUUUAUUUAAAAAUUGGAAAAUUAUUGACUGUU